CAGGGUCAAUUUCCACUUAAGCUUUACAAACAAGGUAUGGAAGUAACAGGCACUGUGAUUGGAUACAGAGAUAUCAAAUUUAAUAAAUUUCUUCCUAUUAGUCACCAUAAUCUAAAAGAAUUUGGCUUGGAAAUAUCACUGAAAAAAAGCUAUUUACAAGAGAAUACUGGUACAGAGUCUGCCAACCAAGAGUUUGAAUAUACUAAAAACUUUGACAGUCUUCUUGAUAGAUUUAAAGAAGGGCAAAGCAUUUAUUGUUAUGUGGAAAAGUAUGAAAACAAAUUUCUUAGAGUGGAUAUAACACCCAGAAUGCGUGGAGUGGUUUAUUUUCUUCAUCUUUCCAAGAAUUGUCAUGACUUGUAUUCCCCUGAGAAACACUUUAAACCUGGACAGGCACAUAAAGCAUUGGUUAUGAAGAUUGAUAAACAGCACAAGAAAUUAGACCUGAGUCUAGAUGGGACUGUAUCUAAUGAUUUGAAAGAGGGCGCUGUUCAGAAUGGGUGGAUUACUCAUAAAUAUCCAACUGAACUUGGUGUCCAAUUAGCUGGUGGUAACCAUGGAAAUGUGUUUAUCACUGACAUCAAUGACAAAUAUUCUGAUGAUCCAAUAAAAAUGUUCAGAAUAAAUCAGUUUGUAAGAUGCUGUAUUCUGGACUGUAAAGAUGAAAAGCAUGUCACAUUAUCGUUACGUCAAUCAAGAAUAAAUCAUAAUAUUGUUUCUGUGCCGGAUAAAGAAAUUAGAAAUCUCUGUGAUUUGAGUGUUGGAGAUAUUGUUAAAGGAUAUGUAAAGGACUACUCUGAAGUUGGCGUAUUUGUCAGCCUAUCUAAAGAGUUGAAAGGUCGAAUUCAACUGAAAAAUUUGUCUUCAUAUUAUGUGAAUAAAUCUGCUGAAGCAUUUUAUUGUGGUAAACUAGUAACAGCCAAAGUUUUGAGCAUUGAUGUUGACAAUAGUAAAAUUGAACUGAGUAUUCAUCCGGAACACACUGGACUACCAGAUCAGCUAGAAAAGCGGUACAGAGGUAGUCUUAAAUGCGUGGGUGACAGUGAAAGAAGAAAAUAUGUUGAACAGAGAAAGAAGCAAAAAAGAAAGCGACAAGACUCUGAAGAAUCUGACAGUGGUAUUGAUGGUGUGUUGAAGGAUGCUGACUCAGACUCUGAAGUUGAGAUAAUCACUUCAAAAAUGAGCAACACGUCUAAAGUUGCUCGGUUAGAACUAGCAGGCUUUUCAUGGGAUGAUAAAACAUUCACUGCAAAUUUAACACAAAGUGCUAAAGAAAUGUCAGGUGACAGUGACAGUGAAGAUGAUGAUACAAAUGAAGAGCCACUGAAAAAGAAAACAAAGAAAGAAAGACAGCAAGAAGAAAAAGAAGAAGAAAAGUUUCUUUAUAGAACUGAGUUGUCACUCAUGGAUCAAGACAGAGCACCAGAAAAUGUUGAUGACUUUGACCGGUUGGUACUGAGUUCUCCAGAUAGUUCCAUGAUUUGGAUACGAUACAUGGCAUUUUAUUUGCAUACUACAGACAUAGAUAAAGCAAGGGCAGUUGCAGAGAGAGCACUGAAGACUAUCUCAUUCAGAGAGGAGCAAGAGAAAUUGAAUGUGUGGGUUGCAUAUUUAAAUUUAGAGAAUCUCUAUGGUACUAAUGAGACCCUGGUAAAGUUGUUUGAACGAGCGCUUCAAAUGUGUGACCCUCUAAAAGUCUUCAGAUCUAUGAUUAACAUAUACACCAAGACUCAGAAACUAGAGGAAGCUGAACAGCUGUAUAGCACUAUGGUCAGAAGAUUCAACUUUCACAAAGAUGUUUGGGCCAGUUAUGGAAUGUUUUUAAUGAAAAGUGGAAAACUGGAUGCUGCCCGGAAAAUUAUGCAGAGAAGCUUUAAGAGCUUAGAUAAAUCCGAUCAUGUGGAAAUUAUAGUGAAAUUUGCACAGUUUGAGUUCAAAUUUGGUGAGCCAGAGAGAGGACGUACUAUGUUUGAGAAUGUGUUAAGCAACUAUCCGAAGAGGACUGAUAUCUGGUCAAUAUAUAUUGAUAUGGUAAUCAAGCAGGGUCACAUUGACGCUAUCAGGCAACUAUUUGAAAGGGUAAUCCACCUUAAUCUUUCCCCAAAAAGGAUGAAGUUCUUUUUUAAGAGAUACUUGGAAUUUGAGAAGAAAUAUGGAGAGGAAAGCACAGUUGAAAAUGUAAAGCAGAAAGCUAUGCACUAUGUUGAGUCAAAAGUCAGCAUUUCAGAAUCUUCCUGAGAUGUAUCAAAAUAUCCAACCCAGUCUGCCGGAAAUUUGAUUUGUCUAUUCCUACAAACCCACUCAAACUUAUGUAUGGAAUUAAAGAAGAAAUUUUGUUUGUUUAUACAGUAAUGUAUCAUACACAUUGAUGUCUUGUGUAACCUAAAACUUGUUUAUCUUUGGUUUGUUUAUGUCGUUAUAGACAACUCACUUUACAAUAAAGACAAUAAGUGUACUUGAAUGAAGUGACACACUGGGAUGUAACUUUAUUUAAAAAAAAAUAAUAAUAAAUGAAUAUUCUUCUGAAGUUAGUUGUGUAUGUAGAUUUAACAUACUAGAAACCUUGAUCUUGUGGACCUUAAUUUUAGUUUUCUGAGAGACUUGAUUGUUAAAAACAAUUCAGCGCACAAUGUAUGCUUAUUAUACAUUCAGCAGAGACAAGAUAAAGAAAUGCUGAUUACACUUGCAAAUGUAUUUGCUGUGUCACUGAAUGGAGGAAAAGUGGUAAACCUUGGAAAUAAAAACUACUAAUAUAGCAAAA